UCAAAUUGAUUUUAUCCAGCAGAUGCAGAAUCAGCGAAUCCGCACCCAUUUGUGAAAGCAGAAAUUUUCAUCUCAAUUUUUAACAUGUAAAAUCAUAGAAAAAUUAGUGAAAAGCAAAUUAAACGAAUUAAAGGGCAAGGCGGUUGCUGCUGGUGAAAACGCUUCAAACGGUGGAUCUAUAGCAGCUGCAGCUUGGUUAACUAUGAAUCGGAAAAGUUAUAGCAAUUGGCUGGGUAGCUGCCUGGGACUGCUGGUGCUGCUGCUGGUUUGCACACAGCUGCAAAGAGUAAGUGCAUCCGAAGAUGAAGAACGCUUGGUACGUGAUCUCUUUCGUGGGUAUAACAAACUUAUACGACCCGUUCAGAAUAUGACACAAAAAGUUGGAGUAAGAUUUGGUUUGGCGUUCGUACAGCUAAUCAAUGUCAAUGAGAAAAAUCAAAUUAUGAAAUCAAACGUUUGGUUACGUUUGGUUUGGUACGAUUAUCAAUUGCAAUGGGAUGAGGCCGAUUACGGUGGUAUUGGUGUGCUGCGUUUGCCGCCCGAUAAGGUUUGGAAACCGGAUAUUGUAUUGUUCAAUAAUGCUGACGGCAAUUACGAAGUGCGCUACAAAUCCAACGUGCUCAUUUAUCCGACGGGCGAAGUGCUCUGGGUACCGCCGGCAAUCUAUCAGAGUUCAUGCACCAUCGAUGUCACCUAUUUUCCAUUCGAUCAGCAGACGUGUAUUAUGAAAUUCGGCUCGUGGACCUUUAAUGGCGAUCAGGUGUCACUGGCCUUGUACAACAAUAAAAACUUUGUCGAUCUGUCGGAUUAUUGGAAAUCCGGUACUUGGGACAUUAUCGAAGUGCCGGCCUAUCUCAAUGUCUACGAAGGCGAUGGCAAUCAUCCAACCGAGACAGAUAUCACAUUUUAUAUAAUUAUACGUCGCAAGACACUGUUCUACACAGUGAACUUGAUAUUGCCAACUGUGCUGAUCUCAUUCCUGUGCGUACUGGUGUUUUAUCUGCCUGCUGAGGCCGGCGAGAAGGUUACAUUGGGCAUAAGCAUUCUGCUGUCACUGGUUGUGUUCCUAUUGCUUGUAUCGAAGAUUCUACCGCCGACUUCGUUGGUGCUGCCACUAAUUGCCAAAUAUCUGUUGUUCACUUUCAUUAUGAAUACGGUGUCAAUUCUGGUUACCGUUAUUAUUAUAAAUUGGAACUUUCGCGGUCCGCGUACACAUCGCAUGCCCAUGUGGAUACGUACGGUCUUUCUGCAUUAUCUGCCCGCGUUUCUGCUCAUGAAGCGUCCACGUAAGACACGGUUACGUUGGAUGAUGGAAAUGCCGGGCAUGAGCAUGCCAGCACAUCCACAUCCCUCAUACGGGUCGCCAGCUGAACUACCCAAACACAUCAGCGCAAUCGGCGGCAAACAAUCCAAAAUGGAGGUAAUGGAGCUGUCCGACUUGCAUCAUCCCAAUUGCAAAAUCAAUCGCAAAGUAAAUAGCGGUGCCGAUUUAGGUAUUGGCGAUCAAUGUCGUCGUGAAAGUGAGUCAUCUGAUUCGAUAUUGCUUUCGCCGGAGGCCAGUAAAGCCACCGAAGCGGUGGAGUUCAUCGCCGAACAUUUACGAAAUGAGGAUCUCUACAUACAAACUCGUGAAGACUGGAAAUACGUGGCCAUGGUUAUCGAUCGUCUUCAACUCUACAUCUUCUUCAUAGUGACCACUGCCGGUACAGUUGGCAUACUAAUGGAUGCGCCACAUAUCUUCGAGUAUGUAGACCAAGAUCGCAUCAUCGAAAUAUAUCGUGGAAAAUAAAUCAAGUAUUUCUGCAAUGGUGGCGUGGCCAUUACAGCUGCUACUCCGGUAAAAAGCAAAAUUUGGAAUUCAUUGAUAAUAAACAAACACUCGGUGCGGGUUUUAUCACUAAUCCGUUGUUAGUGAAGAGAUAUUUUGCACAAAACAACAAACUUCAGCACAUAACGGCAAUAAAUUUUGAGCGAUUAUUCUUGUAUUACAUACCCACACACACACACAUACCGCUCAUGGAGUAUGUGUUCGACAAAUCGUCUUCAAAUCAAUUCUUCGGUGUUAAGAAUUCUAUUAUUUUAAGCGUUUUUAAUUAGAAUUUAUAAGUAACAUAAACUUAUUGUAAGUGCAAUGAUUCAUAAGAAAAUUGUUAUGUUAAGCGUUUUAAGUAUUUAUGUAUUUAUAUGCUUAUAAUAAGGCUAGCGAAUUGGAAAUAAUUACGACAGUUGAAAUAUCUAGAAAAUCCGCGCAUAUUAGUGAAAUUACAUAAAAAUAAUAAUUAGUAACAAAUAAUAAAGAAAAAUGCUUCAGCUCAUAAACUUGAACAGUAGCGUGAAUUUCGCGAGCAGUUUACGAAACGAAAUUCGUUCUUAGAGAUUAAAAACCUUUUAUUAUUAAGCGAAUAAGUAAACGAUGGCAUAAACAUGACUUUGCUUUCAAAAUUGCAAAAA